AUGGGUGUGGAAUUCACUGGAAACCACGAGAUGGAGAUUGCCGUGGAGGAAAGCGGCUACUUCAGCGACUCCGAGGUUGUCGCCCAUGUCCAGGAAGCCUUACAGUCCGUCGCUCUGGUAAGCAUACACGAUUGGUCUUGAAUCACGGGUGUCUAGGUCUCUCUCUCUUUCUCUAUCUCACUAGUUAAGUAGCCCAUGUUCGUCUUCUCUAUCAUAUUUUUUUCUCAGCCUUUGUCUUAUUUUUGUCAGCGUUAAUUACCUUUUAUGGAUCUGAUUCUUCUGUUAAUUGUGAGGCUUAACUGAAUAAAGAAUUUAAUUUUAAAAGUUUGAUUUUUACUUAAAAGUUUAUGGGGAAUAAUUUGUCACGGUAUGGCUCUUUGCAUGGCGUAGGGUGAUAGGGAGCAGUAUGACUGGCUUUUAUAUGAAGUAUUGUGUCCUACGAAAAGGAUGAGUCCUGAUCAAGAAGCUCUACUUUUGGUAGGGAAAGUUCCUACUUCUUUCUAAACUCAAGAUUUAUAGUUUUUUUGGAAAGCACGUUUUCCAUAUUGUAGUUGUAAGUCGUCUCUUUCUGCUUUCCAGACAACGCUUAGGGCUCUUUCUGGAGCUGUUCCGUACAUAGACGCAGAUUAUCAUCAGUCUUUAUAUUCUUUGGUGAGUCAAAUUUCUGUCCUUCGGCUUUUCUUAUGCUUUCUACAAAUUUGAUUCUCGUUAAUAUUUUUUCUUGUUAGAUUUUUAAAAUGAGCCUAUGGAGGUGUGCGCCUGACGUGAGAGGUGCACUGAUAGAUUUAAUCAUCAGUCUGGUAUGGUCUUCUUAUCUCGAUGGAUAAGCGAUUAUUGACUCCCUGCUAAAUAUGCACUUCUCAUCAUUAAUUUUAUGAAUUAUUACCAGGCUGCUUCAAGUGGUGUAUUCUUGGAUGGGUGCUUGGAUAUGCUCGUUAGAAAUUUUACCCCUCCAAUAAAAUUACAAGAGUCUCUAAGUGAUAACGAAUGGAUCGCAAGAAAGAGCGAUGUCGUUGACUGUGUGAUGUCAGCACUGCAACAUAUCACUGACUUGGUCCCUCUUUCUCCUAUGAGGCUCUGGCCAAAAAUCGUGCGGGAAAUGCCAAAAUCAACUCGCAAGAAGGUAUUUAGAAACCUCUGAUGUUAGUUUUUAUGAGCGUUGAUUAGAAUGAUUUACCUGAAAUUCGUUGUAAUUCGAGAAAAGAAAUUAAACAUGUGAUAUAUUGGUUGAAAAAAAAAAUUGCAACUUAAAUUUAUGAUUUUUAUACCUGGAUGAAACUUCAUUCAAUAUAUGCAUUCUUUCUCUAAUUUCUCAUAUUUUUGUGAUAUUAUCGUCGGUAUUCUUGGUCAGGAAUGAGAAUAGGAGCCAAUAUGUUUACUGUUCCAAGUACAGGCGAAGUUUUCCAUAAUCCUUUUUCCUGCAAGUCUAUAUUUUCUCCUGCCUGCUAUUCUCAACGAUUACGUGCUUCUCUAUUCAUCUCGUGGUGAUUGUUCUGUCACCUAUAUACCUGUCUUGGUCAUGGGAGAACAUCUUUUUCUUGGCUUUGGCUAUUUGCAAUUCUAUGCUGCUCUUUCAGCCAUGAGAGAACGACUUAUUUUUGGCUUUGACUGCUGAUAUGCUGUUAUGAUAUCAAUGCAUAAAAUCCUAAACAUAUUUUCCGGUUUUUACAGGAUCUCUUGUUAUACGUGGAAUGCAUGCUACGAUUGGAGAGGAGCAUGAUUGGAAAAUUUGUUGGAAGCUUAUUGCUGAAAGCAUUGAUGGAUCGGCUGCUAGAUUUGGAUGUUAGUUUUUUUAUGUUUUAUUUUUAUCUUGUUACUUUUGGAUACUUGUUUUAUCCAUUCUAGGCUUUUGAUUUGUUUCUAAAUUUUAUAGACGGAUAUUAGUUGGGAAGAUAUAGCUCAGGAAGAUAAUAGCAGAGGAAUAUUUGACAUGGAGCUUGAAGAUGUACAAGAGAAUGCAGGCGAUGACAGAAUUGAAAAGGUAAUGAUAUGGUGUUUCUGAAGGCAAUCGUUUACAUUCUUGUUUAGUUUUGACUAGAAUUUUUAUAAUAAUUUCCAUGGUGAAAUUUUACGUUUCCGUUUGUCUCAGAUUCAACAACUAGCCCAAGAUUCUUCUCAGUGCAACAAUACUAAUGAAAAGUUAGAUAUUAUAGAUGGUUUGAUGGCGCUUACUUGUGAACAUCUAAAGUCAUGUGUCGAUGAUGGCCGUCUGAUCCAGGUACUGUUUGAGUGCAUGCUGUUAGAACACUUUUCUUCAACAUUCCCAAAUCACACUGCAGUAAAAGGGAAGGAAGAGUGGAGCAAAGGUAAUUGUGUGGUGCUGUCCCAUAGUGAGCACGGAUAAUGGAAACAAUUAACAUCACUUCCCCGUCCCAUAGCGAGUGGGAGCAUGUCAAAAACAAUGAAUUAAGGCCCAGUCAAUUAACACUCAUAUUUUGAAAGUGCUUAACAUUUUUUGAAUUAUCAUAUCAAUCCUUUAAACUGUUUAUGAGCAAAACAUCUUAUUUUGUGGUACUUUGUAUGAUAAUUAGUCUAACUGGUAAAAUAUGUAAAGUUGUCUUUAGUUUUGUAUGCUAAACCUUUGUCUUCAUAGAAUCCGUUUCAUUAUUAAACACUUUGUUUCGGCCGUUAUCUGAUCAUGUUUUUUAGAUAUACGAAACUCUGUUUUGUUGAGGACUCAUUAGUCAUCAGACAGCACAUUAGUCAUAAUCAUGUGGUAAACCAUUCUGAUUACAUAUGUUGCACUAUGCCCCCUUAUUUUACCCGAAAUAAGUGAUUAGCAUUUUUGUUUCAAAUAAUCGAUCUUCUUUUUUAGAUUGAUAUUUUAAAGCAAUUUUACUGUCAGCUGACUCUUAUUGCCGUAAUUUCAAGCAAUUUCAACAUAGGCCUGAAGAUGAUGUAAAGUCAUUCUGCAUUCAUAUUUAAGAUUAUCCUUUUUGACCUUUGACUAAAUAUUUUUUAUUAUGAUAGGUAUUUGGAACACUCCUUGAAUCUUUCCAGAAAACUGUUUUGAAUGCUUAUAAAUCAAAAUUUGCCCAGGUAAUUCAUUCAGUCAGUGGCUUCUUUUCUAUUAUGAUUAUUAUCAUAAUGCUCAUAUUUUCUUCAUUUUAAGUUAUCUUCCUAUCUGCAUUUUGUUGCAUUUAUUUCCUUUUGCUGGUGUUUCUCUUGACUCUGUCCUCUUUUGCAGUUUAUUGUGUUCUAUGCUUGUUCUCUGGAUCCGGAAAAUUGUGGUGUACGAUUUGCUUUCACACUGAGGGAUAUAUUCUUGUCGAGAACCAACCCACCUCUGUUUAGGUAAAACCCUGCACCCUUGAUUAUACAAUUGUACCCUUGAUUUUUGUGCAAUUCCUCAUUUACUGUAAAGUUGUCACUCUGUUCAACAAAAGUUUCCCUUUGGCUAUGAACCUCCUUUGAUUUGGAUUUUGGAUCGACUAAACUCUUCUAUUUUCAACCCGGACUGGAGAAGAAGAAAUGUACAUUAAAUCAGAUCGUUGUCUCUUGAUCUCCGGGGAUCAGGUUAAAAAAUUAACGGUUCUACUGUUCUAGUUCUAUAAAAAUACUUCACAUUGAAAUGGAGCUUUGAUGACUUUGACUUUUGUUCUUUUCAUUUUCUAAGUCCGAGUUCUUUGUUAGAGUAUGCUUAAAUAUGAUGCUCCUGUGACGAAAAGGUUACAGUGCAAGAAUUCUUUGUUGGAAUGGCUCUUUUCCUACAGUUUCAACUUUGAUCGAAAAAUGUGUAUCAUGACCCAUUCCGACGAUGACAAUGCAUUUCAGGUGGUUUAUAUUAAGAACACAAUACUGUCAUCAAUAAGAUUGGAUUCUAUUAUGAAAGGGAAUAACAUUGAAGGGAAAUUGCCAAACUAUUUUUGAUUGGGUGUGAGAAGCAUGUAGUUAGUAAUUAUAUCUCCACUCCAUUUUUUAAUAUUUUCUCAUUAAGUUAAGUUGGAAGAUUCUGAGAUUUUUCUUUCAAGAUUUGGCUGCUUACCUCUCUUUGAUCCAUACUACUGCUGACUGUUGAUCCUCUCGUGUUGUAUGCAGGAUGAGUGCUGUUUCAUAUCUUGGAAGCUACUUGUCUCGAGCAAAGUUCCUUGGUUCAUCACUGGUUUUGGAAAUACUUGAAAGGUCGCCUCUCGUUCUUGUCUCAUAGAUAAAUGAGAAUUUAUGCGAUGUGCUAGCGAAUUGAAUCACAAGAGAUCAGAUAAUUUACACAUCAAGGUUAUCUACUAAUGGGGUGACAACUAGAUGCAUAGAUUUUGUUUUUAUGUAGUAAAUGACUACGCAUGCUGUCUUUAGAACUUUCUGGUGUUGCUUUUGGGGAAUCGGUUUUCAAUCUAGUUUUUAAAGUUUUUUCUCACACUUUUAUGUCAUAACAGUAAAUACUGUUUGGCAUCAGUUAAUUAAGAUGGUUCAUGGAAUUUUGAAUUGCCGUCCUUCGUCAUGCUUUGAUCACAACAAUCUGACACCUAUUUUAAAUGCGAUGUGCAGUUUAACAGAGUGGUGCUUUGAGUAUUGCCAGCUUAUUGACGUCAACAGGACAGCUGAACCUAAAGUCCACAGAGUCUUUUAUUCUGCAUGCCAGGUUGAAUGAAUCCUAAUUAUCUCAUAAUCUAUUCUUGAUCUUCCUCCCUUUCAACUAUCGAUGCCUUCGUCAUAUAUAAGAGGAACUUUGGCUUUUACUCGGACAGAAAUAAUUAGAAUAGUUUUGUAAGGCAUUUUUUGUGGAGAGCAUGCCACGUCCACCAAAUGAUGUUGACAUACGGUGGAUAAUUGUAGGGAGUGAGGAGAAGAUAAUUGUCUUAAAUUUAUCUUGAACAUGAGCCGUGUGGUUAUUUCGGUCAAUCAUCUUUUCCUGAAGAUUAUUAACCUGAGGUGAAAGUUUCCCAAUUGACUGUUUCAAAUUGUUUCCAAGUUUUAGUCUGAAAACAUCAAAGUGGACAGACUCUGGUAAGUCUUGCAAAACGAGAUGUAUAGUUUCCUUUAUCCAUUAAAAACGAAUGCAUAAAAGAAAAUAGAAAGAGACGAUGACUAGGCAGUAUAAGGAGAGGAUUUCCUCUUCUAUUCAUCGAUUAUUUUAUCUGAUAUUUUAUGUGGUGUCUAUUGGUUGACUCUUUUCUUAGUAAAAUGCAGGCUGUAAUGUACAUCUUCUGCUUUCGUAUGAGGUCAUUGAUGAUCGACCCCCACAACAAGAGCCGAGUUUUCCAUAUGCCUUUCGAAUCUGUUCUUCGCCAUCCAUUAGAUCCUUUGAAGGUGAGCCGUUUAACGUGAUUCCCUCAACACUUUUAGAAAUCAAAAUGUGUGGAUCCCAGCGCGGCUGCUUCCGACACCAGCGUACCAUUCUAAAAUGCCCUAUCUUGCUCCAAUUUUUUUACUCGGACUCCUUUGGGCGACAGGUUUGCCUACCGUCUAUAGUUGAGGAGUUUCUGCAGCAGGCAAAAGCCACUCAUUUGUUCUCAUCGUCAAAGGCCUUCAUAUUUGAUAAUUUUCUCGAAUCUGAGUUAUCCAAGGCCUUUGGGGGCAUACAGAGGCUUGACAUGUUCUUCCCAUUCGAUCCGUACCUGUUAAAAGGUUCUGACAGGUACAGUCACCUCUUCCUCCGUACUCACCAGUCUGACUUCAGUUUGGGUUCUCGUCUCAGCAUAUGCAUAUAUAUUUAUAUUCAUAUAUUCUAUUUUUCUCUGUUAUUGGCGGAUGUAAUGUCUGUACAUCGUAAAUGCCUAAGCAAGGUGCAAAGCGCAAGCUAAUGGCGGAUGUAGAAUCCUGUUUCUCAGAAGAUAGUCGGUAAUCCUUUAAUUGUGUUCUUCUUUCCAUUUUGAAGAUAUAUUCGGCCGAGCUUUGAGUUCUGGUCCACCGUCAGAAAAGCCUAUGAUGGGGAUGACAGUGAAGAUGAGUACGAUGGAGAUGAAGACCUCGAGAAUGGCCGGCAUGGAGUGAGUCUCGAGGAAGUGGAUUCUGAGGGUGGCUGUGGGCUCGACGGUGACCAGAACCCAGAAUCCGAAAGUGAAGGAGAGGAUGCAGAUCUCGGGUGCUCGCUGAACAAGAUGUCGAUCACCCCAAAGGACACCACAUUGAAGCACGGCUUGCCUGCCAAUCUCGGACCCCCUGCCAGAAUGCCCGCCAGGAUCAGACCCUCUACAAGCCCGAUUUGA